UUUAUAGAGCCAAAAUAUUCUCAUUUAUUGAAAAGAAGAGAGCUUUCCUUUACUCUUACGUACCCCAUUAUAUAUAAAUAUAUACUGACCAAUAUCAUUGUAGCCAUAUAUCCCCGAGUGAGAGUUGUUGAGAGAGAAAGAGAGAUGUCUCAGUUUCAGAUCUGGGUAUUGGCCUUUGGAGCAUUGGCUUGUUUGUUAGUCUCAACAGCAGUUGCAGACGACGUUGUUGUGCUAACAGAGGAUAGCUUCGAGAAGGAGGUUGGUCAGGACAGAGGAGCUCUUGUCGAGUUCUAUGCUCCAUGGUGUGGGCACUGUAAGAAGCUUGCUCCUGAGUAUGAAAAACUUGGGUCAAACUUCAAGAAAGCAAAAUCGGUUUUGAUUGGAAAGGUGGACUGUGAUGAGCACAAAAGUUUGUGCAGCAAAUAUGGGGUUACUGGGUACCCAACAAUCCAAUGGUUUCCUAAAGGGUCUUUAGAACCCAAAAAUUAUGAGGGACCACGUAAUACAGAAUCACUUGUUGAGUUUGUGAACUCUGAAGGAGGAACCAAUGUCAAGAUAGCUUCAAUUCCAUCCAGUGUAGUGGAGCUAACAGAUGAGAAUUUUGAUGAAGUUGUCUUGGAUGAGACCAAAGAUGUUUUGGUUGAGUUUUAUGCACCAUGGUGCGGCCACUGCAAAAGCCUUGCUCCUACAUAUGAAAAGGUAGCAGCUGCUUUUAAGCUAGAGGAGAAUGUAGUGAUUGCGAAUCUAGAUGCCGAUAAACACAGGGAUCUAGCUGAGAAAUAUGAUGUAAGUGGUUUUCCUACAUUGAAAUUCUUCCCAAAGACCAAAAAAGCUGGUGAAGACUAUGAAGGUGAUAGAGAUCUAGAUGACUUUGUGAACUUUAUCAAUGAAAAAUGUGGCACAAACCGGGACGGAAAUGGACAACUUCUGGCAAAGGCUGGUAUUAUUCCAACUUUGGAUGCUUUAGUGAAGGAGUUUGUUGCUGCUAGUGACAAUGAGAAGAAAGCCGUUUAUUCAAAAAUAGAAGAAGAAAUUGAGAAGCUAACAGAUUCCUCUGCAAGGAACGGAAAGAUCUAUUUGAAAAUUGCCAAGAACUGUUUGGAGAAAGGUACGAGUUACGCAAAGAAAGAAAUUGAGCGCCUUCAGCGCCUGCUUGAGAAGUCAAUUAGCUCAGCUAAGGCAGAUGAAUUCACACUGAAGAAGAAUAUAUUGUCUUUGUUUGCUUGAUCUCAAAGAUAUCUAACUUUCCAUGAUCUACUUUGUGGGGAUCAUUUUUCCCUGUAUCCCCAUAUCAUGUUUAUGGUUUUUCAAAUUGGUAAAGAGUUGAUUUGUUUCAAAGGAUAAUCAUAGAAGUGGUUUUGCUACAAGGAUAGAAAUUACUCAUCUGACAUUACAUUUCUCCCCUCUUAUGAUUUUGUUCCUCUUGUAAGCUUCAUAUCUAUACCGAGAAAAAUAAAACAUUUAUAUGAAUCCCACUUUUGCUCA